UUGAUUGUUCAAGUUUAUGAUAUAAUUUUAUCACUAACUGUCUAGCCACUGGAUUAAAGGCGAAAGCUUUUUUCUUUUUUUUUUUUAUGUAUAAAAUGUCAGCUUCAAUAGGGGCUCCAGGUUCCAAAAACCCUCUGGUAUAACGUGGAGAGAUUAAUACCAGGGAACCAUGUUAGUGUUAUAACCUUCGGAUGCAACAUCUACCAUUCUAUUAUACUUGUACCAGAAGGAACAAAAAAAGGACAGCUAGUAAAAACUAAAUUUUUCAAUGCUGAUAAUUGAAAUGUCAGCUUUAAUAAUUAAAGAGGAAACCUUUUGCACCCUUUUUUCAUCAUUUCCAGAUCUUCUUCAAUCUCUAUUCUCAUGUUCUAUAGAACUUUUGUUUAUUCUUGAAAGUCUUUUUUUUUUGAACUACAUGAAUUUAGUUUUCAGAGUCAUAAAUUUGUGUUUGUGUGAAGUUUCUCGGCAUUUUCCUCUUAAGCCAAAAUCAGUUUCUUGUUUCUGCGUGAUUGGGCAAAUUGAUUAUGACCCUCUCGCUUAAACUUCUAGUUCUUGCUUCUUCUGCUAUAAUAUUACAACAAUUGUUAAAUUUAACACUGAUUCUGUUCUACCCUUUUCCAAGUUGUUUUAGCACUUGAAUGUCAUACAGUAGCUCAUUCAAAUUUGCAGGUACAAAAAUGGAGUCUGUCCUGUUUGCUCUCCAAGAAAAGGUUAAAAAUGAAGGAGAAGAUAUAACAGCUGCAAUAGUGCCAUUGUUGAAACUCAUCACCCUUACUCUAUUUGGUUUCAUUCUCAUCAAGUAUGAACUUAUCCCUAAACCUACUCUCAAUACCCUUAGCAAGCUAGUUUUUGUAUUAUUCUUGCCAUGUUUGAUAUUCACUCACCUUGGUCCACCCAUUACUCUCCACAACAUUGUCAGAUGGUGGUUCAUUCCUGUAAAUGUACUCCUUAGUACUGCGAUUGGUUGCGUACUUGGCUACUUAGUAGCUUUGAUUUGCCGGCCGCCGCCAGAGUUCUUUCGCUUUACAAUCAUUAUGACAGGAUUUGGCAACACAGGUAAUAUCCCACUAGCAGUGGUUACAUCAGUAUGUGAUGAUACUGAUAAUCCGUUCGGGAUCGAUUGUUAUACUAAUGGUAUUGCUUAUGUAUCUUUCGCGCAAUGGGUUGCUGUUAUUCUUGUUUAUACGUUUGUUUAUCAUAUGAUGGAACCUCCAUUGGAACAUUAUGAAAUUGUUGAUGAUGAAGUAGGAGAGAUUGAAGAGAUAUCUAUUGAUGACAGUAGGCCACUACUUGUAGAAGCUGAAUUUCCAGGACUGGAAGAUCAAGAAAGUGAGCAUAGCAAGACACCCUUUAUAGCAAGACUUUUCAAUGGCGUUUCAGAAAGACAUGUCCCUAAUCCUGAUAAAAUAGAAGAGUCAUCCGGAGCAGGAGAGGAGGAAGAAGGAGAUGAAAACAGUCCGAAAUCGAUUGCCUGUCUGGUAGAGCCCAGAAUGGUCAGUAAGAUUAGAGUUGUGGCGGAACAAACACCAAUCCACCACGUUCUUCAGCCUCCGACAAUUGCAUCCCUGUUGGCUAUUAUCAUCGGGGUAAUUCCUGCAGUGAAGAAGAUAGUGUAUGGUACUGAAGCUCCGCUCGAGUUUAUGACAGAUAGUUUGGAUAUUCUAUCCGAAGCAAUGGUGCCAUCGGUUAUGCUAAUCCUAGGAGGAUUGCUAGCCGAAGGACCGACCAACUACAAACUUGGUACAAGAACAACUAUUGGAGUUAUUGUCGCAAGGCUUUUGGUGCUACCCGCGAUCGGAAUUGGAGUCAUUUACUUAGCUGAUAGAUGGAAUCUGUUAAUCUCUGGCGACCUAAUGUAUCGGUUUGUGCUUCUGCUGCAAUACACAACGCCAAGUGCUAUCUUGCUUGGAGCUGUGGCAAGCUUGAGAGGUUAUGCAGUUAAAGAAGCUUCAGCUCUCCUGUUCUGGCAGCAUGCUUGUGCUGUUGUUUCUCUGUCAGCAUUCAUACUUCUCUACUUCCAUCUGCUGCUUUUAUAUGUCUAAUCUUUCUGUCGUUUAACAUUCUAGUUUUGAUGCAGACAUGUUUUGAAUUUCUGGGUCUGAUACAAGUAUGAUAUCUGUAAAAGCAUUAGAAAGAUUUCAUUUGAUAUCACUCAAGAGGAAUUAAAUUAAAAUCUGAUAUUGAUAUUUGUGUU